ACCACCCUGUCCACCCCGAGCCUCAUCCGGACAGGAAGUAAAGCACACUCGCAAUCUCGACAGCAUGGGAUCAUAACUCAUCCUCCUCACAGCCAGAUGAUUUGAUCAGUGUGGAGUUUCCUCAUUUCCUCCGUCCUGAUCUGCACUUCAGACCCUGACAUGAACAUGGCCACCGAUUUGGGAUACAACUUUGUUUUUAAAGUGGUGUUAAUAGGAGAAUCUGGAGUCGGGAAGAGCAACCUGCUGUCCCGAUUCACCAAGAGCGAAUUUAACCACGACAGUCGCACCACCAUCGGGGUGGAGUUCAGCACUCGCAGCGUGCAGCUGGAUGGAGUGACCAUUAAAGCUCAGAUUUGGGACACAGCCGGUCUGGAGCGCUACAGAGCCAUCACCUCAGCGUAUUACAGAGGUGCGGUCGGAGCCCUGCUGGUGUAUGACAUCAGCAAACACCUGACGUACGAUAACGUGGAGCGGUGGCUGAAGGAGCUGUACGACCACGCCGACCCUCACAUCGUCAUCAUGCUGGUGGGGAAUAAGAGUGAUCUGGCAACCCAGCGCACAGUCCCCACAGAGGAGGCCAAAGCCUUUGCAGAGAGUAAAGGUCUGCUCUUCAUCGAAACUUCAGCUCUCCAAUCAACCAACGUCGGGACUGCGUUCCUCCAGGUUCUCACAGAAAUCCACAGGAAGGUGGCGAGUAAACAGGUGACUCGAGGUUCCAUCAGCGCCGUGACUCUCGGCACCACCGGCCCCAUCAUUGAAGCUACAGAGGAGAGCAGGGGCUGCUGUAGGAAACAGUGAAGAUAAAAAAAAACCUUCAUCAUCCUCACAGAGAUGUCUACAGCGUUACGAGCUUUACACUGUGUAAAAGUGAAGCUGGUCCCUCGGCUAUGUUCCAAUACCGUUCUCCAGAGCACGCUCGUCCACUUCCCCUAGAUUAGAUGAGGAUCCCGUUGAUGUCCGUUUGGAAAAUCUGUAACGCUUUCCAUCAGAUUUCUAAAGAUUUUCAUCAGGGAUAUUCUGGAUACUAUUAAUCACAACUAGAGCACAACAGAACCUUCUUUUAUGAGAAUAAAGUCAGAGAAUCCAUCAGAAACCAUUAGGAACCAAACGAUCCAUGAAACUACCAUUACAAACCACCAGAAA